AUGUUGGAAGGGAAGAUAUCAACAUUGUCAAAAUCAGCUUUAUUAUUGUUUGCUGCAUUUGGGCUCAUCUUCAUUUUCCAGAUAACUGUGAUGCAAGAUGCAACUAUAUUAAAAGAGAAAUUCAAACAAAUAUUCGCAAUUUCACAAUGGAGUUGGGAUUUUCAAGCUAAUAGUACUCCAAUAAUCACAUGUAACCGUUCUAAUGUACGAUUCGAUAUAUGUACAAUGAGUACUCCAACCCUUUUAGACCAAACUUUGUUAACUCUCUUUACAUUAAACCCCCAUACAAGAACCAAACCUCACAUCAAUAUGAAAAUCAAACCUUACACUCUCAAAAGUGAUGAAAAUGCAAUGCAAUCCGUUAGAGAAAUGACUCUUACAUCAUCUCCACCAAACUCAUCUUGUGGUGUCACACACCAUAAUCCAGCACUAAUAUUUAGUGCACGUGGAUACAAUGGAAACUUCUAUCAUGAAAUAAAUGAUAUAUUCAUACCACUCUUCAUUACCAUCAAUUCUUUAUUCACAAAUCAAGAUGUAAUACUUGUGGUUGUAGAUGGACCAACUUGGUGGUAUGAAAAGUAUGGUGAAUUAUUAUCCACAUUUAGUCCUAACCAUAAGAUCAUAGACCCAAAAAACCUAACAACUACUCAUUGUUUUCCAUCAGCAACUAUAGGGUUGAUAAAACAUGGACCAAUGACUAUAGACCCUACAUUAAUGCUACCAUACCAUAAAACUAAAACCCUACUUGAUUUCCAUGCAUUUCUAGAAAGUGCAUACAUAAAAAAUGAUACUUCAUUAAUGUAUCGCGAUGAUAAGGGUAAGCCGCUUCUCACAUUGGUGAGUCGAAAGGGCAAAAGUCGUAAGCUUUUGAACGAAGAAGAAGUAAUCAAGCUAGCGAAAGAUGUCGGGUUCAAUGUGCGUGUUUUGGAUCACUCGAAAGGAUUAACGGUGCCCGAUGUUUAUCAGUUGAUUCAUUCAAGUCAUGUAUUGUUAGGGGUGCAUGGUGCAGGGCUAACAAAUUUAAUGUUUCUUAGACAAGGGUCAGUGUUGGUUCAAGUGGUGCCUUUAGGACUUGAUUCAUUCUCAAGUGUUUGCUAUGGGAAACCAACUAAGCCUUUGGGUUUGGAAUAUGUUGAGUACAAAGUUGAGGCAAAUGAAAGUAGCUUGGCAUGGGAACAUGGAGCUGAUAGCUUAAUGAUUAAGGAUCCAGAAGCUUAUAUUGAUGGAAAAUGGAAUAAUCUAAAAAUAUAUUUGGGUGAACAAAAUGUGAAAAUUAAUUUAAUUAGAUUUAGGAAGUGCUUGAUGGAAGCUUAUGAAAAGGCUAAGAUAUUUAUGAAUAAUACUAGUUAUGUGACUGAUUAG